AAGAUUUUACGCAUUAUGAAAAAUGUAACAAUUAUGUCAUUUAAAAUAUUCUGUACCAUUUUCUGUAGAAAGAUAGAAUUUAGAUAAUAUUUAAUCUUUCACGAAAGUAGUAUUUAUAAAUAGAAAGACAUUAUGUUAAAAGAGUCAAAUGAAAAAUUUUCUACUAAUUUAAACUUCAGAAUGAAAACUCGAUCAGAGGUUUUUGGGAGUCAUAAUCAUUUUUUCUUUAAUCUAAUAAAUAAAAUUUUACAAUUCUACCAUUUUCAUUUUCUUUCAUUUCAAUAAUAAAUUCUAAAGCAUUGCUUUGUUGACAUUUUCGAGCCAUGUGCGUGGAAUUCUCGUAGUGCGCGCGAGAGGAAAAGAAUGAAGGAUAGAGAGCAUGCACAAUAGAAAGCGACAUAGGCACCAGUCAGUGCUAGUUUUUUCGCUUGGCAUGCAUUUUCGGCUAAAAAUUCUAAAUUAAAUAAACGUUAGUAAUAUAUUUUAUAAAAAUGUAUAAAAAAAAAAGCAGACUAGCAAAAGAGUAGACCUAAUGUCUAUAUGGUCAACAAGUACUGGUCGCAAUUCAAUAUUCUGCUCACAAGCUGGUACACCAAUUGCCUUGCAUACAACUAUUAGUUCUCAUUCACAUGUGCAUUUACGAGGAUCUAACGAGCAUUGCUUCCACAAGCGGAUUCACUCUUGUCAAUCAAAGAUGUCACAAUCCGGUGAUGGUUUACAUACGCCAGGCUAUCUUGCCUGGAGAAAGCUCCAACUCAGCAGAGCUAAGCUUAAGGCAUCAAGUAAAACGUCAGCUCUUCUUUCUGGAUUUGCUAUGGUGGCAAUGGUUGAAGUACAAAUUAAUCAGGGAACUCAAAUACCUACAGCUAUGCUUGUAACAUUUGCGGUUUGCACUACCCUAUUGGUAUCGGUACACAUGCUGGCUUUGAUGAUUUCCACAUGUAUACUACCUAACAUCGAAGCGGUUUGCAAUUUACACAGCAUCAGUCUUGUUCAUGAGUCGCCGCACGAGCGACUUCAUUGGUAUAUUGAAGUUGCUUGGGCCUUCUCUACGUUACUUGGUUUGCUACUUUUUCUAAUUGAAAUCGCUAUUCUUUGCUGGGUCAAGUUUUAUGAUUUCUCCAAAGUAGCUGCCUGGUCAGGUUGUAUCGUUUUGAUCCCUGUCCUUAUUAUUUUUCUUGCAUUUGCUAUUCAUUUUUAUCGUAGCCUUGUCACCCAUAAAUACGAGGUUACUGUUUCUGGUAUACGCGAGCUUGAGCUUCUCAAAGAACAAAUUGAAUCAUCCGAUGUAGAUCCUAGCAGAAAUGGCAUGAGUACACUUGCUCAGAAUACUCUUCAAAUUGUUCAAAUUGUUUGAAGAUUUCGUCUUCAUUUUUUAUAUUCUGUAAUCAGUUCAAUCAAUAGUCUUUUGUGAUUUACAGAUUUCAUGUUGCGUUACUAAAAAAUAUCUACAAUUCAUGGAUGGUCCGUUUGAAAAUAGCCGGUCCAAUAAUCUUUUUAAGCGUAUAUGAUGAUAAAUAUGGCUUUACAUAUUAAUUUCACAAAAUUACAUAUUCAAAAACUUUACUCAUAUAUUAAAAUUUUUUAAAUUAGAUAUAUUAUAACCAAGUUUUCCAAUCCUUCCAAAUUUAAAGUGAAUUAUAAAGUGUUUCUCGAAAUGUACAUCGCAUCGAAACAAUAAUUUUUAUCGAGAAAAUAAUAUCCAUUUCUUCAUUUAAACAAAUUUUUCAUGUACAUCUUUUUUCGCCUAUUUUUGAAUCUUCGUAUUAAGCGCACGCUCUCGUUUAUACGAUUUCAUUAUUUUACAAUAUAAAUGAAACCUAAAAAAUUGUAAUCUAUAAAAAUAGCCAUAGAUAAUCUCUGAACUUUUCGCGCUGGAUCCCCCUUAACACUUCUAAGAAUGAUAAAUAGGUAUCGUUGAAACAUGUACGAAAAUGUGCAUAAAAAUAUUUCAUUUUCAUUUGUUAUGAUACUUGGAAGCGCUCACUCAAUAUGAAAAUUCAAAAAAACUUUGCAAAAUUAUCUUAAUACUUUUUUGUGAAUUUACUCAUGUUUAUAUUUAAUUUUAGCGAUCCAAUUUAUAAUCAGCAAAUUACAUUUUCUAUUGAUUUUCUGUAUAGAUUCUCCGAUUUUAUGUACAAACUAAACAUUUUCAGCGUGUAGAUCUGUAAUAUAGAUAUAAAUUAAAAGAUAUUUAAUCAAAACAUAAGUGACGAUAGUUGUUGAUAAACGUUGCUUUAUCAAUUAAUAAAGAUAAAAUUAUAACGAUUAGCUAUUGCAAAAGAAAACUAUGUAUGUUUAUUCUUUUCUAUUUUUAAUUUGCAACUGAAGAAGUCAGCUUUACACUUAAUCUAUUCAUUUUUUACAAUACUAUCCGCAUCUUUUUCGUACACAAAAUUAUUUUCACUUGUUCAAUACAGCGAUAUUACUUUUCCGCGGCUGAAUAAAGAAUAACAUCCAUUCAAUCGAGCAAGAAGAAGCCACUUUCAAAUACUUAUACCUUUUACUUUUCAUGUGCAAAAAAAACUCCUUAAAAUUCUUUAUUAUUUUUGACUCUGCAAUGUGGAAGUGUUGUUUUCGUGAGAAUUUAAAAAGUGCAAUCUGUAAAAACAAGUUUUUUUAUUCAUAGAUGUCUUUGUCAGUUAAAGAAGCGAGAAGCAUGCUAGUAUCCAUCAAAUAGAGGUUUUUUAAGGAUUUAAAAAUGACUUGAAAAAGUGGCGGUAGUUUUUCCUUACUUGACUAAACGAAGAAAGUAUAUUUUCCACUAAUUUAACGAAAGCAUAAUCUUUCCUUCUCUUUAAUCUUACUCUUACUCGCUCUAAUUCUUUCUUUCCAUACCCGUUCUCUUUCUUUUUCUUUAUUUUCCGUAUCAUGCUUUUUCAAUUAAAAUGCGUGUAUAUAUUUACUCAUGUUUUACAGUAUGUGUUUUUCAACAAUUUAACUUUUUAAAAUACGUCGGGUUCAAAUUUCUUAUUUAGAUCUGUAUACAUGAUCUAAAAAAAUUAUCGAUCUGAUAAUAGUUAUAGCAGCAAAUAUUAAUCAAAGAAAUAAUAGUUGUAGCAGUAAAUAUUAAUCAAAAAAAUGUAUAUUUCAGUAAUAUGUUAUUUAAUUGAAAGGUUUCUGGAAAAUAGAGAUCUUUUGUAUUUCGUACUAGAAGAGAAAAUCAGCUGUCCAUACACAAUAUUUAGUUUAUUCUCCUUCCAUAUCUUGGCCAGGUUCUUAAAGAACCUAUGAAUGAUACAUAUUUUCUAAAUUUUUUAUGACGAAUAUUAUUUUUAAAUGUUGUUAGAUCGUGUGUAAGAUAAAUUGAAGAACGAGAACCGUGGGGUCAUUUUGACCAAUAAAUAACUUCAGUAAAUUUGGAUAUGAUUAUUUAACAUAUAUUAAUUUAUGGCACUAAUGCCAUCCUUAUAGGCAUUCGAAAAAGUUCUGACAUUAUUCAAAGUAAUAUGGUAAAUGUAGGCAUGCAAACUGAGACAAUCUUUAGCCUUUUUAGAAAAUAAUUCAAUUAGUAAUACAAUUAUAAUACACAUGAUAAAUAAGGUUAAGUUUGUACCAAAAAAUAAGAAGCUAAAAGCUGUAAAAAAUCAAGCUAACUCUUCACUCGUUUUCGGGCAUUUAAUUAAAAAUGCUUCUAAUUUGAGCACAUUGACUGGUAUACCUGAUGUACAAUCGUUUAAUGAAUUAGUUAGAUUGCUAGAUUUAGUUGAUCUAAAUUAAAAAAUUAAUAAACUUUUAACAAAAUUUUAAUUAUGGUAAAAUUGAACCAAAAUAUUAGUUAUGCCUUUUUAAAUGUGAUGUUCAAAAAAUGUACGUCAAGCAAUCUUGUGAAUAAAUUCGAUACUAAAAUUUGCUACUUUUUUGCCUUUAAAAAAUAAAGUUUUACAAAACUUGCCACUGUUUUAUAACUUUAAAAAAUUAUUAUUGUUGUCCGCAAAUUGGUAUCCAAACUCCAAAUCUCUAAAAAAUUUUGCAGCCAAAUAAUUACAUAUUCACACUAUAAAUCAAUAACUACAGUGAAAGUUAAGAAAACGGCUACUCCAGCUGAGUUCUCAGAUUUGUUAGUAAAGCAGUUAGAAGGUAGUGGAGUAUCUGAUUCUUCUGUUGUUAGGGAAAGUAAUUUAAUGAAUUAUUUGAAAAGAUUGAUGUUUUGAUAUUUAAUCGCAAAUUUUUAGUCGAUGAUUUAAGCGAAUCGAAUAAUGUAAUUCUGAUUAGACCUUCAUUUUUAAAAGGUAAGCAGAAAUUAUAAUAUAUAGAAAUCGCCUGCAUUCCUGUGCAUUUUGUUGAUUGAUUAAAGAUUUUAACGUUUUGUGUGGAAAAAUGCUCAGAGGCUUAUUCUGUAGGUAAUAGACAAAAUAUUUAUUAUGGUCUGUCUUUCGGUUAAUUUAGAAAUACCCAUUUUCAAAGAUAAUAAAUUUAUGUACAAUGAAAUUUAAAUCAAUUUUACGUUAAAUAAUAUGAAAAGGAUCAUCACUUGAUACAUACGAAACCAAAUCAAUUGAAAUAACAUUUAACGUUACCAUUCCAAACUGAACUUGACUAUAGCAUUGAUAUUUUUUACGCAAUGUAAAUUACCAAUAUUUAGCUUAAUUAACCAUUUUAUUUGAGAUGUAAGUUCAUUUUCAGUUGCUGCUUUUUCAUUUACUAGAUAUACAAUUUCUAGAAGCUUAUUUAGUACAGUAUUGCCGUAAAAUAUAACGCCAUCAGGCGAAUAUCCAACCAUCAAACCGAACAUAUUUUCGAAAGGUGCCAUUAUAGCUCUAUUUCUUAAUAAACAUGGAAUUACCAUAACUUAAUAGUAGUAUUCAUUUUUAAUAAUGUUUUUUACUGAUGCAUAAAAUUAUUCAUAUCAACAUAGUUAUCCAAUAAAUAAAUCGUUUCGAUGAGUUAUAUUUAAUAACUACACAGAAUAUUACCACCUUAAAAUAGUAAUAACAAUUUUUUAUUUUUUUUUUUUAAUUUAUUUAUUAAGAAAUAAAUUUUAAAAAGUUGACAUUCUCGCUCAGAGGGUUGGAAAAACAAAUUAUAAAAGCACUUAUAUCUACUUAAACUAUAAAAUAUAUCUAAAUAUUAUUAACUGUUUUCUACAAUAAUAUAUAUAAAUUAGUAAUUAACAUUACUCCCUUCAUUGAUUUGUAUGUAAAUUAAUUAUUUUAUGCAUUAUUACGAAUACAUUUUCUUAUUUUUUCUAAUGUUCUUUUUGCGAUUUUUAACACUUUUAAUUCUUUCGGCAACAUAUAAUAAUUUAUCAUCACUAUAUCGAAUACUUAUAUCGAAUUAAAGUCUUUUUGAAUUUAGGUAUUGGAAAGUUCUUACAUUUUAUUUUGCUGUUAGUGGUUAUGAAAUUAUUCUUUAAUUAUAAAUAAACGAAAAAAACGAUAAAAAAACAAUGAUAAUCGAUUCGUAUACGAAAAUUUGAUCAAAUCUUAAAUAAUAAUUUUGUAUAAUAAAAGUAUUGUUUACUAAUAAUUCUUAAGAAUUUAUUUUGUAGAUUUUGUAAGGAAUAUAUAACUGUUUUAUUUUCAUUGCCCCAUGCUGAAAACGAACCAGAUAACGCAUUAAUACUGAUAUAAUUAAUACUGACAGUGCCAAAACAAGUGUUAAUAAAGAAUUUGAGCAUCAAAAAAAAUCAACAAAUAGAUCAUCAGGUGGAGCUUCUCAAGUGUAUUGCGAAAUAUUGUGAAAACUAAUUCAAAAAAUGACAUUGUUUUGAACCGUGGUUUCAACGAUACUCUC